AAGAAGCAACAAAUAUUUUAAAAAAAUCAGCAAUUAAAGAACAUACAAAUACUGAAGAUCAUAAUAAUGCAAAAAAAUUAGAAAUUUUAAGAAUGCAAAUGGAAUUAUUGCAAAAAGAAUUCGUUUCUUCUGAUAUAAAUACAAAGCAUAUUAUUGGUAUAAUACGAGCUGUUUAUUUUUUAGCAAAAAAAAAUUUGGCUCUUAAACUUUUACCAACUAUUGUUGAAUUAUUAAAAGAAUCAAGUUCGCUAGAUCUUUUUAGUGAUACAAUUACAUAUACAAAUAAUAUUUCUAGACAUGAAUUUUUAGAGACAAUAUCAAAUACUAUUAAAAAAGAAAUUUAG